AACAGAACAAAAAAAAAACCAUAAAUAAGAAGAUCCCUUAAGUAGGUAAAAAAAUCAGAGUCUUUAGAUUCUUCGAUUGCCAAGUCUCAUAAAUCCCCAAAAUCUCUCUACCCAUUUGGAUUUGCAGCUCUCAGAUUCAUCUUCUUGAUCUCUCUCUCUUCGUUAUCUUCAAUUCACGAAGAUUGUAUCCAUCAGAUGGUUCUGGAAGCUUCUUUCUUUCCCAGUGAGUUCGAUCGUUCCAUGGACCAGACGUACGAUGCCUGAGCUGCGUAGCAACGCACGCAGAGAUCGGGCUAAUAAGAACCCGAAGCCGAACCAGAAGAACCCAAUUGCUUUGAAACAAUCACCAGUUAGGAGAAACCCGAGGCGGCAGAAGAAGAAAGUGGUGGUGAAGGAGACGAUCGUAGAAGCAGAAAAGGCGACGCCUUUGGUGAAAGAGGAAGAAGAGAUUAGGGUUUCGAGAGAAGAUAAGAAGAUGGAUGAAAACGAUAGUGGUGGUCAAGCAGCACCAGUGCCUGAUGAUGAAGGAAACACUCCUCCACUUCCUGAAAAGGUUUCGGUUGGUGGUUCCCCCAUGUACAAGUUAGAUAGAAAGCUAGGGAAAGGAGGUUUUGGACAAGUUUAUGUUGGUCGAAAGAUGGGAACGAGCACUUCUAAUGCGAGAUUUGGUCCCGGAGCUCUGGAGGUGGCUUUGAAGUUUGAGCAUAGAACCAGCAAAGGGUGUAACUAUGGGCCACCGUAUGAGUGGCAAGUUUACAAUGCACUUGGUGGCAGUCAUGGUGUGCCACGAGUUCAUUUUAAAGGUCGGCAAGGAGAUUUUUACGUGAUGGUUAUGGAUAUUCUAGGGCCUAGCUUAUGGGAUGUUUGGAAUAGUACCACUCAAGCGAUGUCAACAGAGAUGGUUGCGUGCAUUGCGAUUGAGGCAAUAUCCAUAUUGGAAAAGAUGCAUUCUAGGGGAUAUGUGCAUGGCGAUGUAAAACCAGAGAAUUUUCUGCUUGGGCCUCCCGGAACUCCUGAAGAGAAAAAACUUUUCCUUGUCGACCUCGGCUUAGCAACCAAAUGGCGUGAUACUGCUACUGGACUUCAUGUUGAAUAUGACCAGCGUCCUGAUGUUUUUAGAGGAACAGUACGUUAUGCUAGUGUACAUGCUCAUCUUGGCAGAACUUGUAGUCGGAGGGAUGACCUGGAAUCUCUUGCUUACACUCUUGUUUUCCUUCUUCGAGGCCGGCUUCCAUGGCAAGGGUACCAGGGAGAGAACAAAGGUUUCCUUGUUUGCAAGAAGAAGAUGGCUACGUCCCCAGAAACUCUUUGCUGCUUCUGCCCCCAACCUUUUCGUCAAUUUGUCGAGCAUGUUGUCAACUUGAAGUUUGAUGAGGAGCCUGACUAUGCUAAAUAUAUCUCCCUUUUUGAUGGAAUAGUCGGCCCAAACCCAGACAUUAGGCCGAUAAAUACUGAGGGUGCACAGAAGCUCAUACAUCAAGUGGGUCAAAAGAGGGGGAGGCUGACAAUGGACGAGGAGGACGAACAACCAACAAAGAAGAUCAGAUUGGGCAUGCCAGCAACACAAUGGAUCAGCAUUUACAGUGCUCACAGACCAAUGAAACAACGAUAUCAUUAUAAUGUUACUGAUACAAGGCUUGCACAGCACAUUGAAAAAGGAACUGAGGAUGGGUUAUUUAUCAGCAGUGUGGCUUCUUGCGCGGAUCUCUGGGCUUUGAUCAUGGAUGCAGGAACUCUCUUUACGGAUCAAGUUUACCAGCUAUCACCAAGCUUUCUCCACAAGGAAUGGAUUAUGGAACAAUGGGAAAAGAAUUACUAUAUUACAGCAGUAGCAGGAGCAAAUAAUGGGAGCUCAUUCGUGGUUAUGUCGAAAGGGACCCAGUAUUUACAACAAUCCUACAAAGUCAGCGAUUCUUUUCCCUUUAAGUGGAUAAAUAAAAAGUGGAGGGAAGGAUUUUAUGUUACAUCAAUGGCAACUGCUGGAAGCAAAUGGGGAAUUGUAAUGUCUCGUGGAGCUAAUUUUUCUGACCAGGUUGUAGAACUAGAUUUUCUAUACCCUAGUGAAGGUAUACAUCGUCGAUGGGAAAAUGGCUACCGAAUUACAUCAGUUGCUGCAACUUGGGAUCAGGCUGCCUUUGUUCUUAGUGUGCCAAGAAGGAAGCUUACUGAUGAGACACAGGAGACUCUUAGAACGUCUGCAUUUCCUAGUAACCAUGUCAAGGAAAAAUGGGGCAAGAAUCUUUACAUCGCAUCGAUUUGCUAUGGUCGAACUGUGUCAUGAAGUUCUAAUUUUUGUUAGGAUGCAACUCAAUUUAGCUUUACCAUAUAUCGGAUAAGAAAGAAGAAUCGUUGUGAUCAGUGAUGCUAUGGGCUUAGGGGAACCUGUUAGCAAGGUUGAAUGAAUGUUUGCCAAACUUCACUGAUGCUGUAAUGUAGUGUAUGACUUCAAAAGUUUACCUUGCUUUUCAACUUGGAUGACUUGUUUGAUGAAAGAAGUUCAAAUUUCUUAGAUUAAAUGGUCUUAUUAUCUUCAA